AUGUAUCCCGACUGGCCAGAAUCAGAGGCCGAUUUGGUGCCACUACCGCAGGCAAGUACCAGUGUUGCCCCACGUGCACCGGUGGAAGAUGGCCCGAAACUGCCUCCUUUCGACUUUCAGGGCCCUCAAGCCAUCAAGUUUAUUGAGCACAUGGGAGAGGGUCUUCACUCACACGUCUUCAAAGUCGAAAUCUUGGGCCAGUUGUACGCCCUGAAGCUGUUUCGGUUUCCUAACGACUGCGACUGGGAGGGGCUGCCUGAAUGCGGCACCAAGGAAUUCGAGGAACUCGGGGAAGGGCAAGAGUACCGUGAAUUAUAUUCUGCCCUCUACAACUAUGCGGAGCCUUUUACCUGCGAGUGCCGUGCCUAUGGGCGCAUCCAGGAAUCGGGUCACGAGACGCUGGCGCUCAAGUGCUACGGCUACGUCUUGCUCGAUGAGCAGCACGAGCGGAGAAUGAUGGCUCAGUUCCAGCACCCCUCAAGCGGCGUGUGCCUGGACUUCAACGGAUCCAUCGAUGCCUCCAUACCAGAUGAUGUGCGCUGGCGGUUUGUGGGAAAGAGCGGCAGGCCGCCGCCUAUUCGCGGCAUCGUCAAGGAGUUGGGUGUGCCUGAUGAGGAGAACUUGCGGCCGGCGGUUGCUCGCAGCAUCCUGCGCGACAUCAUCAGAAUGCAGAAGCUCGGCAUCAUCGGCAUUGAUGUCAUGGACGUGCAGAUUGUCAGUGGCAAGUUGUGCGACUUUAGCACCGCCAUCACGACUCCCCAUUUCCUGACGACUCCGGAGAUGAACCCUCAUCUCACGGCCGAAAUGGUAUCACUGAUGGAGUUUACGACUUUUGACAAGGCACUGAGCGACUAUAAGCGUUUUGACGACAUGAUUCGCGAGUGGAACCGGUUUGGGGGCAAGGCGCGCCCCAUCUCCAUCACCGCAUUUCCUGGUGGUCGUGGCUGUGGGCUGAAGUACAAUCUGAGAAAUAAGGCAGCCAGGGAGCGCAUCUUCACCUACGUUGACCCGAGAUCGUAUGACUGGAGGGCAUGCGGGGCGAAUCUGAAGACAAACGGCAGUGAUGUAAUGGGACGGCGUAGAUCAGCACGGUUAUCAAAUGGUCGGGCGCGCGAGGGCUCUCCACGACGGGGGGCCACCUCCAGGAGACGCAAACCACUGACUUGUACGCCAUCUUUGUGGCAUUAUGAUUGCCGAUUUCGGCCGAAUGUUGCGGGCAUGGUGAGAUCUGGUGAUUUUCCGGGGAUGUUUUUACAGUGGUACCUGAAAGACGGGUUCUUAUUUCCUUACGGGCGGUGA